GUUUUCGGAUUUAUUUAAUUUUCCAAGAAAAUUUUUGUUUAAAUAAGCACCUUGAUUUACUUGUUUUUUUUUCUCCUGAAAACUGUAGAGAUCGAGCUGGACCUGGACCAAAGCCUGGGUUUUUCCUGUAACAAGAAUCAAGCCCAGGCAUAUUUUGACCUUCCUGAGGUUUUCCUGGGCUUGGGUUUUUUCCAGUACUACAGGCAAGUCAAUAAAUCAAUCCCAGAGCCAGGCUUUUCAAAAUUUCCGAUCUCCUGAAAGCUGUCUGUUUUUUGGUAACUCGGUCCCUGAUUGUCGGAUCGAUACCUUUCACCCCUCAUUCGACUCAGCUCGACGAGCUCUUUCGAAUGACAUAUCAUAUGUCUAAAUCGGUCCAGCCAAAAAAAGUCCCCUAUAAGUCAAAAUUUCCUACUUAAUAAUAUUCGUGGAAUUAUCUCAUUCCUCUCCUCAUCUUUUAAUUAAAUUUUUUUAAUUUUUCAGACUUUCAAUUUACCUAAAGCUUAAAUUCUAUUUAUUCUUCAAAGCGAAAACCGUACAAGCAAUUGACUGUUCAAAUUGUAUGUUAUAUUGCCUAAAGAAGCAAAGCAAAAGCGACACGAAGUCUAAUUGUUUUAUGCUCGAUUGGCCUAGAGGACGAUCGUCAAAGAAAAGAAAGAAACUGAAGUCCCUAUUGGAUAAACGUGAAAAAACGUCGAGUUUAAAGGGAAUCGCAUGCCAUUUAGUGGAGCCGAUACCUUACAGGAUUAAUACAAAAAUUAAUAAAGAGGAUAUUACCGAGGAGAAAAGAGAAGAAAAUUUUUAUUUGUAAGAGGUUUUUUAAAUUUAUUUUGGUUUGUGGACCCCUCAAAUUCCCUUAUUGGGUAGAGCUUGUACUGAUUAAGUAAUUCCAAAAUUAGUUUAUUUGGAAGGUUUUGGACUAGAUGACGAUUUUCUAAGGGAUCCUGUUCCGAAAAGUUGUCGCCCCAUACACAC